ACAUAACCCGGAGUAAUUAGUUGCGACUUUCUAUCUCUCAUUAUUUCUUACCUCCACUAUUUAUCCCACCAUUAGUUGCCACCUCCAACCCAGUUGUUUUUCCUUUCUCCUUCAUAAACCCUUCCUUUAUUCUCGUAUAUAUAUUCCCAUUCAUUACAGUCUCUGUUGUACUAUAACCCAGCCGGCCUUUUCUCUCUGAAUUCCUCUUGGUCGGGAAUUUGGGGAGUCUGUUCACUAAAUUAACAAAAAGAAUUUGUGAAAGGAAAAUGGAAUACACAAUGACUUUUGUGGUUAGUAGUAUACUAGUGAUUUUGUGUUCUACAUCAGCAUAUGCUCAGAUUGUUGGAUCUCCAUCACUAAGCCCAACCCCAGCACCUGCACCAGCACCGGAUUUUGUAAACAUAACUGCUUUGCUCAGUGUAGCUGGCCCCUUCAAGACGUUCCUAGGUUACCUUGAGUCCACCAAAGUCAUUGAAACCUUCCAAAACCAAGCCAACAACACCGAAGAAGGGAUUACCAUCUUUGUACCAAAAGAUGAUGCCUUCUCAUCUCUUAAAAAGCCCUCUCUCUCCAAUCUCACCCAAGACCAGCUCAAGUCACUCUGCCUCUUCCAUGCCUUGUCACAUUACUACACUCUGGCAGACUUUAAGAACCUCAGCCAAUUAAGCCCUGUUAUGACGCUUGCUGGUGGACAAUACACUUUAAAUUUUACGGAUGUUUCCGGGACAGUGCAUAUAGGUUCAGGAUGGACAAACACAAAAGUGAGUAGUAGUGUACAUUCGACUGAUCCAGUUGCAGUUUAUCAGGUUGACAAGGUCCUUCUUCCAGAAGCAAUCUUUGGUACAGACAUACCUCCAACUCCGGCUCCGGCUCCGGCUCCGGCUCCUUCUCCUGACAUAGCUCCGGCUGCAGAUUCUCCAACCGAAAAAAGUGGAAGUGGGUCAUCUUCAACUUCUUCUCCAUCAUCUUCUAAUAGGAUCACCAACUGGGGUGUUUGGAGUCACUUAGUUUUGGCAAUUUCAGGUGGGCUGGUAUUGUUCUUAUGAGAAAGGAUUAUUGAAGUACUUAAUUUAUGUUAAGGAUUUUUACAUCCAUUCUUUAGCUUAUGUUUCAAGCCAUUUUUUGUUCAUAUAUGUCAUUGAUAUUUGAUACAAAGUAUGAGGAUGUGAGUUAUCAUGUUUUGUAAUUACAGUCUCUGUUUAGAUGGCUUUUUGCUUGCUA